AUAAAUAAACCGAAACGCGAGUUCAGAGUAUUUAUUUCAGUAGUGGUAGCGAUGCUUUAAAUUUUCGAAUGUUUUUUAAUAAAAUUGGUUCGAUUUGGUGAUUAUUCGAGUAUCUAGUAAUUAAACUAGUGGUCGAGCAUUUGCUCCGGUUGCAGCGAUGAAUUUUGCGCCGGUGACACCAAGGGCCUUCGCUGCCAUCCAAAAUCUAAACAUUGUGGAAUUGGCCCAAUGCAGCGUCAGCGAAAUUCGCCCUCUUCUGCCGUGUUUAGUGCGAAUGAGCUUGCUGCCUCCUUUGGAUGGGACGAAAACCUGGAUGGACAGCCGAAAGCAACUACUUUCGGUACUGGCCGGCAUCGAGGUAGUAAACAACAUUGUUUCCCUGCUGCAGGUCAGCUUUCACGAGCUGGAAGUUGACGUGAAGAAGGAACAACAGUUGAGGCAAAAAAUCGGUUACACAGCUCAAGAUUCCGCUCAGUUCCACAGUCUUUCCAAUGGCGUAGUAAUGGGCUUUGAGAGAGCUGAUAUAGUAAGCAAGGUUCGAGUGGUUCUAUCGGAACUGUUUUAUAUUCAAGCGCAAAUUCUAGAGCAAACCGCUCAAGCAGCCGUGCAAAAAUCAUCGAAUGAAGUGGUUAUAAAAAAAUCGGAGCUCUUCGAUAACGACAUCUAUCUGGAGGAAAUCGCCGACAUAAUUUGCAUUGCUCUAGCAGAGCUACCAUCACUACUUAAUUUACUGGAAGUGGUCGACACACUGUUGUACGUUAAUAACGGCAGCCGAAUCGUUUGCUGGGUGGUGGCCAAUAUGCCCGAUUGUUUUCGUGAGGUCGUCACAACGUUGAUUACGAACGGCGAUGAAGAUACGCCCGAAGGUAAGCUUCGUCUUACUGCACUUUACGAACUGUGCGAAAUGAACCCGAGCCAGGCACUGACGACGCGAACAAUUUGCGUCGAGCAAACAAAAAUGCCGUCCCUAAUGCUGAAGCUUAGCUUGAAGGACCCCCAGAAUUUGGUUGCUUUCGUAUCAGGACUACUUUUAGGAAAUGACCAAAAUAUCCGUCAAUUUUUCGCACUAUAUGUUCGAACCAGCCAAAAACGGAAAGGAGACGCGUUACACUUGCUGCGUGAUGAAUUGUUGAAGCAGCUUCAAAAUAUCAUUGUCUUUUCGCACAACUCUCAACUCCCGGAAGAAUUUGUGGUACAAUCGGCUGCAAUGUUAAGGUUAUACUGCGCCCUGCGUGGCAUUUCCGGAAUCAAGUUUACCGAUGAAGAGAUUAUGUAUCUAAUGCAGCUGAUUACUUCGAAACCACCGCCAACACCAGCCGGAAUUCGUUUCGUGUCGCUUGGUCUCUGCAUGCUGAUAGCCUGUCCAUCGAUAAUUGCUCACCAAGGCAUCGAAGCAAAGAUCAUUGAGUGGAUCCAAUGGCUGAUCAAAGAAGAAGCUUAUUUCGAAAGCGUAAGCGAAGUAUCGGCUUCGUUCGGAGAGAUGUUACUGCUGAUGGCCAUCCAUUUCCACAGCAACCAGCUGAACCACAUUUGUGAGUUGGCCUGUUCCACGCUUGGCAUGAAAUUUCCUCUCCGUUCGAACACAAUCACGCGCAUGAAGUACAUAUUUACACAGGAAAUUUUCACGGAACAAGUGGUUGCAGCACACGCCAUUAAGGUCCCGGUCACAAUCAAUUUGAAUGCUAACAUACCGGGCUACUUGCCGGUGCACUGCAUCCAUCAGCUAUUGAAGUCUCGCGCCUUUUCCAAGCACAAAGUACCAAUCAAAAAUUGGAUCUACAAGCAAAUUUGCACAUCGGUGACUCCACUGCAUCCGGUUUUGCCGGCCUUGAUUGAGGUUUAUGUGAAUUCUAUAAUAAUGCCAAACCAGAAGGGUCCGAUAGAGCACACCAACAAAGCCUUGUCCGAGCAGGAAAUUCAACACAUUUUUCAGAACACGGUGUUUGUUUCAAAACAGGAAUCGGGAAAGCAACAACUGGCUGGCAAUAACGAAACCGAGCCAAUGGAUACAAGCCAGGCAGAUGAAGCGACUCCCAUAAAUAACGUUAAUUUGACACCUCAGCUGCUGCUUCUGUACUAUCUUCUACUGUAUGAGGAUAUUCGGCUCAGCAACAUGGUCAACAUCAUCACCAGUGGCCGGCAGGUGAAGAGCUAUUCGAACGAGUUUAUGUCGGAAUUGCCAAUUAAGUAUCUCCUCCAGCAAGCUCAAAAGAACCAGCAUGAGUACAGUGUGUUAUUCAGCCCGCUGUUACGUUUGCUGGUAACGCAUUUCCCACAUCUAUCAUUGGUAGACGAUUGGAUCGAUGAGGAGUGCAUCUCCCUGGAACAUACUUCAAAUGUUUCAGUGAGCGAACUCAACAUUCUGGAAGCUUUUGAAGAAAUUGAACUCAGCCCCGGAAAGGCGAUCAAACUGCUGAAGAUUAUGAUGAAAAAGUCUCCGACAGAUCUAUGGCCCACAGCGGAAACCUUCAUUCGCUAUUUCAAAGCGAUUCUUAGCAGCACGGUUCCUCGGCAAAUACAAGAGCUGUACAAAAACGUUUGGAUCCGUUUGAACACGGUCUUUCCACGUCGACUGUGGGUGAUGUCAAUCAAUGCUCUGAUGCCGGAGGAUGCCGUGACGAGGAAUUUCAGUCUCACUCAAGAGAAUAUUUUAAUCGAUCCCUUGCAAGUAUUGCGAUGUGAUGAGCGAGUGUACCGUUGUGCAAGCGCUUUAGCAAUAGUAUUACGCAUUUUGCAAGCCAGCUUGGCUGCGUCGAAAAGUCAGCUUACGCGCCACAUGUUGGACAAACCAUUGAUCGACGUUGGCAAUCAGGUCAAAUCGGAUACAGAUCGCGAAGAGCUCAAGCUCGCCCUAGUCGCAUCACAGGAAAGCGUAGCUGUACAAAUCCUUCUCGAAGCGUGUCUAGAAACGGAAGACGAUCGCAUCAAACCCGGCCGGCAGUGGGCACUUCGAGAGAUUCGCGGGGUGAUAUGCUCGUACAUCCAUCAGGUAUUCAUUGCAGAGCCAUCUCUUGCUAAGUUGGUGCACUUUCAAGGGUAUCCCCGAGAGUUGCUUCCGAUGACCGUGCGUGGCAUCCCAUCCAUGCAUAUUUGCCUGGACUUCAUCCCGGAACUGCUUAGUAUGGUGGAAAUGGACAAGCAGAUCUUUGCGAUAGACCUUACUUCGCAUCUGUCACUUCAGUAUGCGCUGCCAAAGUCGCUUAGUAUUGCAAAGCUUUGCCUGAAUACGCUUACAACACUUUUGGGAGUGCUGUCCAGCGACACCCGAGUGGAAAUGUUCCGUGCGGUUCUUCCGUGUAUCGUUCGUUUUGCCGAAGCUUUCCCGCCUUUGCUGGACGAGUGUAUUAUGUUUUUAAUGCAGCUUGGGCGAAUCGCUGAUUCGCAAUCGGCCCUGGGCCGCUCUGUGUCACUGCCGAACCUGUAUCUGGGACCGGAAGCAAAAGUUCGUUCUCACAACAAACGUUCUCAGUAUGCUGAAAAAUUGGUCGAUGAAAUCAAGGAAACUUUUAAAUUAUCAUAUGAUAAAAGGAACAGAUGAGAAGAAUUAUUGGAAAGAAAAAAAACUCCGCUCAACGAUAGCAAGGAAACUGGUCAAAAAUAUCCCGGCGCAUCGUUAUCGUACACAAGUCACGAGUCCCAUCAACAUGCGGAAGAAUCUUCCGGUCACGCAAAAGAAUUGAACAAAAAAGAGCAAGUCGUCAACAAGUGGCGAGUGCAACAGCUCAAAAUGAAGCCCCAUGUUACGAUUUCAGAGCGGCUGGAUCACCUAAACGUUAAGAAUGUUUGGGAUUAGGAGGACAUUUUUUCUUAUCGAACCAUCAAAG